AUGAACUGACUUGGAAGUUACUUCUCCAAGUGUCCUGAGGGUGUGUCCUUCCUCAACCCACACUUGCCACUGCUGCUGUCAUCCAUGUCAGCUGAAGAUGGACAACACUUUAUUUCCAGCCUGAGGGACCUUGUGCCAGUCCCGGUGGUGGUGAAGCAGCCUGUCCGGGGAGCCACCAGCAGGACUACUAUCGUGGCAGUUGUCCAGACUGGCGGGAACUGGAGCACCGGCCUCUUCAGUAUCUGCAGAGACAGGAGAAUCUGUUUCUGUGGUCUAUUUUGUCCAACAUGUCUUGAGUGUGCCAUUGCCAGGCAUUAUGGAGAGUGUCUUUGUUGGCCAUUGCUACCUGGGUCCACCUUUGCACUGAGAGUUGGCACAAGGGAGAGACACAAAAUACAGGGCACACUGUGUGAGGACUGGCUGGCGGUGCACUGCUGCUGGCCCUUGUCCGUCUGCCAGGUAGCCCGAGAACUCAAGAUGAGGACCGCCCGGGUCUACGAAAUCUGCACAGUCCCUUCCACUAAGGACACCUUGGCCUGACAGAGCAAGGAAACUUCUCCUUCUCACCCCCCACAGGCUCCUCUCAAGCCCCUCUUAGGAGAAAGAUGGGUUUCCUUUUCACUGAAACCAUAUGAAAAUAAACGACUUCCCCCUGUUGUC